AGAGAGCACUCGAGGAGCACUUCACACUUUCUAACCUGACGAAUGGUGUCUUCCAUGGAUUCCUUGUUUGUUAAGGUACAACAUACGUCCCUGCCGAAAUCCCUGCGUCCCACCUCUCCACCACCAGACAAUGUCCCAAAGCAUAAGCACAUCAAGGAUCUCAAGCUAAGAACCAAAUUAAACCGCCAGGCAGUUCAUGUUGCGCGGUCAAAAGCACUCGUCGAAGAUGCUGAGCUGUUAUUGGCGAGCGAGGCAGGGAAAAUGCAGGUGGAGAACGAGCUAGAACGAACGUGGAGAAUAGGUGCUGGUCAGGAGGCUGCCAAGGGACGACGGGAGCUGAAGUUGGAUGGUGGUCCAUAUCGCUCGAGAUACUCAAGGAAUGGCAGACAUCUUGCUAUUGUCGGCAGCAUGGGUCAUGUCGCGACUUUUGACUGGCAAACAGGAACCAUGCAUGCUGAGCUUCAGCUGCAGGAAACAUGUCGUGAUAUCACAUUCUUGCAGGAUCAAUCAUUCUUUGCAGUCGCCCAAAAAAAAUAUGUAUUUAUAUACGACCGCGAUGGUGUCGAACUACACCGAUUGAAAGCUCACAUCGAACCUACGCGACUAGAAUUUCUUCCAUAUCACUGGUUGCUCGCUAGUGUGUCCAUAGUAGGGAAAUACUGGAUUUCUAAAAUAUCAAGAUACUCCACAGGUCACAUCGUUGCAGAGCAUCGAACCAAGCUUGGCGCAUGUAAUACACUAGCGCAAAAUAAACACAACGCAGUGUUACACCUCGGUCACUCUAAUGGCGUUGUCAGCCUCUGGACGCCAAACCUGCCCCAUCCUGCUGUACAAAUAUUAGCACAUCUCGAUCCAGUUGUGGGUCUGAGCGUCGAUCAGAGCUCCGUGGGCGAUGGUGUUGUAAAGGUCUGGGACUGUCGGAAUUGGAAGGGCACUGUGCGGGAGUGGACGACAAGAGGUGGCGCGCAAGCUAGAAUGGAGUGCAAGGGCGCGUUAGGCGUGGCAGUAGGUGGAAGUGUCAACGUGGCUCCGCCACCACUUUACCUCACUCACCCCCAAUACCACAUCGGACCGCUUACUUCGGUACGAUUUUGCCCCUUCCAGGAUAUCCUUACGAUGGACACAAUGCCGGUCCUGUCGAGCAUUCUCGUGCCUGGUCACGGAAGCCGAUCCAUUCGAGAACAAAAAGGCAGAAGGGAGAGAGAAGUCAAAGGUCUUGUUGGACAACGCGGGAAUGAAACGAAGCUUGUUGAUGAUGACGACGAGGACGCUUCAGAAGGCGAAAGGGGACAAGAUGACAAAAAAAAAACCGGGCAAGUCACGAGCGGAGAAAAGAGAAGCGGAAAAUGCGCGGCAAGGGCAAGAGUGUCAAAAAGAUAUCUCCGGAAGCAGCGGCAAGAACGUCACGAUCCCACUGCGGCUAUCGAGAAGGGUCAGAUGGAGGCGCGUCAACCAUCGGCGCUUGAUCGAUUUAGACGACCGUGAUGCCAUUUGGUCCUUGGAGCAAUAUACAUAUGGAGUCCAUUGGAGGGCUU